CUACUGUUACAUUUUAAUGGAUCUUCAGGAAUAUAUAAAUGGGACUACAAAAAUGCCAUGUUAAACAGCAUACAGUCAUCUCCUGUAUAUAGCUACGGUGUAUAUUGUAAGACAAUAAACAGGAAUAUCGCAGUCCAACAUGGUGUCCAUGCAUAUGCUGAGGGUGACAUUGGUUUUAAUGGGUAUAUUGACGGAACUGUAUGCAAAAGAAACCACACAGGACUUCAUCAGUAAAUACAUCAAGUACAACACCGUCUGUCGAGGAAUGGGAUACGAAACAAAAAGUUGUAAAGGAAGAAACCAUGGAGCCAUAGCUUUCCAUGCACGAAUGUCCUCCAAUCUACAAAAUCUUGGUAAAUAUGCUGUGGUUGUAUUUGGGAAAGUAACUCUAAACUCUGGAUCCGCCUAUAACGGUAAAACAGGAAUAUUCACAGCACCAACAGAUGGCAUCUACUCCUUCACAUGGACUAUUAUGACAAUACCUGGGUCAUAUUUUCACACAGAAAUUGUCAUCAAUGGAAAUAUAGUUGGCUAUAGUUAUGUUAACGGUAAAGAUGGCAGUUCCCAGUACGAGUCUUCCUCCACAACAGCCGUGAUUAGAAUGAAGAAGAAGGACAAGGUCUGGAUAAGGACACAUGGCGAAUAUGGGAAAUAUGGACACAGUGACUGGUCGUCAUUCUCCGGGUUUCAAUUGUAAAUAUCAAAUUGCUUGAGAAAAAUAAAGCAAUCAAAUAUUUUGUC